UGAGCCGACAGACCUUCAUCAGUCUCAGAGGAGAGAGUAGAUGGUGGGAGAGACAUCUUCGGUGGGAAUCGGCUUGCAUGUGUUCGGACGUUUAUUGCCCUUGAAUUAAGUUUAAGAGGACAUAACUGGGGUUUAAAACGUCACCAAUUUUAUUUUUUGUUUUUGUUUACAACAGAUGCUGUGCUUGGGAAACUCCACCAACUGCCUCCAGGAUCAAAUGCAGUCGAUGAUGAGGUCCUUGCAGGACCUGAAGCAGAUAAGCAGGCCAAGGCCACUGAGUGAGCCGAGUAGCCAGUCUUUUGCUGUCACAAGGCUCUGCAAACAAAGAUUGCAGCAGGAGCGACUCACCCGACUUCGUGCGUCCGACGCCAGCGAUGCCAGCACCUAUGACUCUGCCUGCUGCCUAGCCAACCCGCUGGAGGAGGAGGAAGAGCAGCAGGAGCCCUCUCGGCUGGCGCAGGGUUCCCCUGGCAGUGAGAAAAGUGUGGAUUUAGACUCUGGUUUCUCUGAGGCUUCUUGGCAUGAUGAAGGUGUGGUGCUGAGAAGGACCAGAAACGUGCGCGUCUCCAACUCCGCCUGCGUCCGAACAAACAGAGGAACCUCCAGCCGUGCCCGGCCGAAGUCAACAUCUGACAUCUGCCUGGAGCGCUGGACAUCUUUUGAAGCGAGUGAUUCAGAGGACUGGACCACAUCUCUGCUGAGCCGCAGCAGGAACAGACAACCCCUGGUUCUGGGGGACAACAGCUUUGCUGACCUCAUUAAGAACUGGAUGGACCUACCUGAUUUACCAGAACCAGCUGAACUAAAGCCCAGCUCGGGCCGACGUCUUGCAAAAGACAUUUUUGGCAACAUGCGGCGGAGGUUGGCAGGGAUGUCCAAAGGCGUGGAGCUGCGGCCAAAGCCAGCAGCCUCCAUACGGUUAAGAAGAGCUGCGGAGGCUCCCCAGAGGAUGUCCUGUCCUGUGGGAUUUGAGCCUCUCAAACCUUUCUUCCAUCAGUCUCACACAGGGCUGCAUCAGCUGGACACUGAUUUCUACAGGUUUUCUGCACUCAUGAAGACGGGCAGCCGGCAGCCCAUCAUAUGCAACGACAUCAUUGGAUACAUUUGAAUGUGAUGCCUCAUCCAAACAGAUCAAAUUUAAAUAAGACUUAUGCGCUAAAGUGUAAUAAAUAAAAGUUGUUUUUUUUAUUUAUUGAACAAUUUGCUCGCUUUCUGACGCAACUAAGAAAACUUUUUUAUGGGAGAAUAAACAAAACAGUUCUGCCAUAAAGUAUACAUAGACAAUAUGUUCCUUAUAGAGACUUUUAUGACCUUUUAUUUACACAUCACAUCUUUGCUUUGUUACACAGUGCAGAUACUUCAGUAUGUACUGUAGGUAGGAUGAGUUACAGUAAUAACCACGGCAAUAAUCCACGUGCAAUCCUUAUAAUUUGACCAAGCAGUAAAGCGGUGCAUUUUUUGACAAAAAUGUCUACAUAUUAAUUGGAAAGUGUGGAGUGAAACACAUUGUGGGGUUGUGCUUAAGGGCAGGACAAACAUAAGCCAUCUGAGGACAGACGGAGGCCUUGUAGAUGACUGCAGGAGGCCGGGAGGGUAGUGUGUCCUUAGCAGUGGGUCAGCUUACCCCUUUGCCAGCUGUUACAGUCUACACAAAAAAUAUACGCCACUACAUACAGAAGUGUCGCCGGAUUUCAGCAUAGCGUUACAUAUCUGCUGUUUUUGCCUAUUUUCAAUAACUGUGUCUAUGAUCUGUAUUUGAGGCAGCUGUAUAUCAGAUAAUGACCCCUGAUCAAACCAAAAACAACUAUGAGUGACCUCCAGGUAACAUUCACUAGAGUCACAAAACCACAUUUCCCUACAGUAGACCAGUUGAUUUUGAAUUGCCAAAGAAAUCAAACUAAAAGUAAAAACAAGACAAAUGUCAUAAAUCUUAUAUCACAUAAAAACAGUAGUCACAAAUAGAUGAAAACAAUGUUUCGGUAGCUGUAGGUGUCCAGAAUUACUUGAUAAAACACCUUACAUGAAUGCAUAGGAAAUGGUACAAUUCUGAUAAAAUCAGCAAAGAAACAGUAGUCCACAAAAACAACAGCAAAAAUUGAGUUUUAUCACAUAAUAAAAGGAAAGAAUAACACCAA